AGCCAUGUAUUGAAGAUCCAGAUAGCAACCAAAACAGGUAGAGAGGAACAAAUUUGUGGGCGGAGCAACGCAAAGAAUGGAGAAAGCAAAAGAGAUGCUAAGCCUGACGCAAGAACAGUACGACGCCGUGUCACGACUCCAAUUUCUUCCUCCUGUCAGAACCGGCGAUAACUCCUCCUUCUACGAACACUUCGUCCUCGCCGGAAUCCGAGUUGACCGAGUUGAACCCGGUUGCGUCUCGUGCUCCUUCAAAGUCCCUUCUCGUCUCGCCGACAGGAGUGGGAAGUUGGCGAAUGGAGCAAUUGCGAAUUUGGUGGACGAAGUUGGAGGCGCUGUCAUCCAUGAAGAGGGUCUCCCCAUGAAUGUUUCCGUCGACAUGUCCAUUUCUUUUCUCUCAACUGCUCGCGUUGGCGAUGAACUAGAAAUUACUUCUAGGUUGUUAGGAAGGAAAGGAGGUUAUUCUGGGACAAUUGUUCUCCUUAAAAACAAAGCCACGGGAGAAUUGAUAGCCGAAGGUCGUCAUUCACUAUUUGGUAGACAUAACAGCAAAAUGUAAUUCAAUAGAUGUGUAUGAAAUGUCUGUAAAUGAAGAUUGUCUUUGGGAAACUGACUUGAGUAUGAGUCAUCACUUAUUAAUUAGAUAAAGUUCUGAGUGAGAGCAUGAUAUGAAGACGUGCAAUUAAAAGUGAAAAAAAUCAUGCUUGGUUUA